AGAGCCGGCGAGUUUUCCCGCAUGCGCUAACUGCUGCCAGCUUGUGGUUCAGGGCAAAGCUUUCAGGGCGUCCCAGCGUAGCGUGGAGGGGCGUGGCAAAAUGCCGAGCGUACGCCGUCUUGUUGGGUGACGUAGUUGCCCCUAGUAACCCGAGAGUCGCUGUAAGGAUGGGUUUGUUGUCUAUUUUGCGUAAACUGAAAAGUGCCCCCGACCAGGAGGUAAGAAUUCUGCUCCUGGGAUUAGACAAUGCCGGCAAAACCACACUGCUCAAACAGCUUGCAUCUGAGGAUAUCAGCCACAUCACACCGACACAGGGUUUUAAUAUCAAGAGUGUACAAUCCCAGGGUUUCAAGCUCAAUGUAUGGGAUAUUGGAGGACAGAGAAAAAUCAGGCCGUACUGGAGAAACUAUUUUGAAAAUACUGAUGUUCUUAUCUAUGUGAUUGACAGUGCUGACAGAAAACGAUUUGAAGAAACUGGUCAGGAACUUGCAGAACUUCUGGAUGAAGAGAAGUUAAGUGGGGUCCCUGUGCUGAUCUUUGCGAAUAAACAAGAUUUAUUGACUGCUGCACCAGCUUCUGAAAUUGCUGAAGGCCUAAAUCUGCACACAAUCCGGGAUAGAGUUUGGCAAAUUCAGUCAUGUUCUGCCCUCACAGGAGAAGGGGUACAAGAUGGAAUGAAUUGGGUCUGCAAAAAUGUAAACGCAAAGAAGAAAUAAAAGCAGAUCGAUAAAUAAAUCCAAGGGACAGAAAAAGAAAACCAAGAAAAAGUGAUGUCAAAAU